AUGGCCGGCCAGGAGUCGGUGCGGCCAAUGGUGGCCACCAGUCGCGCGUGUGACCGCCUACUGGCCUGUCUGGGCUCCGGCAGCGCACCUCUGCUCGUCGCCGUCUGCGAGGCCCUCGGAGUGAUCAGCAUGAGCCUGCGCGCGCGCCACGCGCUGGUCGAACACCACAGCGUCAACCUGAUCCUGAACCUGCUGAAGAGCGACUACCCCGCCGUGCGCAGCGCCGCUGUCGAGGCCCUGCAGAUGCAGUCAGCCGACCCGGCGGCAGCAGAGCAGCUCUGUGCCGACCCGGACGCGAUCGCAGCGCUCCGCCGACUGCGUGCCACCUCAGCUCUGAAGGUGAUCCUGCAGGUGAACAUAUCAGCGCUCUACAGCCAGUUCGGUCGGCUCACGGCCUACCAUCGGCUGACGGACGGAUUCUUCGACGUGGGCCGCGGCGAGGACGGCGACGUCUUACCUGAUCUGAUCACUGAGUUAGAAAGACCACCUUGUCCGGGCCGGUUCGUGUUUCUGCUCAACUCUGGAGUAUGUCCCGCCCGCGUUGAUGCUGCCGGUGAUGACGCCGCUACGAAAGCCGCGCAGCAGUCGCCGCCGCGUCGCUCGCCGCGCCGGACCGACCGGGGCGCGCGCGGCACAUCUCCCGUCUCUGAACGUCCCCCGGCGCGGCCGGUGCCGCCCGAGGACCCCCGGCUGGCCGCCUACGUGUCUUACGUCCGCCAAACGGUAGCACCUCUCGACUGUGAGCUCCAGCAGGCGGCCGAGCUGGCACAGUUCGUGGCGGACCGUAUGGGCGGCACGGUGAGCCGAGACCAGCUGCCGACCUGGUCAGCGGAGCGGCAGCUCUCCGAACUGCGGCGUCAGAGGGCCAGCAACGUGCUGCCCGUUGGAGAGGUGAGCCGUGGGGGUCUGCGCUGCCGCGCGCUCCUCUUCAAGUUCCUCGCCGAUCAGAUUAACGUCCCGUGCACCCUCACCAGAGGCAGCUUCGGCAAGUACUGGAACAGUGUGUUUGUCACGGACCGGAGUCGCGGCGCGCCGGCCGGGGCGUACGCGGAGAAGGUGGUCGAUCUGAUCCACCAGCCCGGGACGCUGAUGACGGUGGGGACCGGUGACGCCGUCAGCUACACGACCGGCUUCUGA